UGAAUUAUUCUUUAACAAAAGAAACCAAGAAAAAUUUAACUCUAAAUAAUAAAAUAUGUGUUUUCCAGUCAGUCGAAAAGAAAGAACAGGAAGCAAAGCAUCUCUGCUCUGAAAAAAAUAAAUUGCAACUGUGUAUUUUUUUUUUAAUUGUUAUGUAUUUAUCAAUAAAGAUGAACAUAUUACUUUUAAUGUUGUUGGCAAUAUGUGAAAUCUAUACGGCUUAUCAAUUGCCAGAUCCGUGUGCAGGAAUUUUCAAGUACGUUCCUGAUGAUAAUCGAAUUUAUCAUGGUGAAAUAACAAUAAAAUAUCCACCAAAAUAUGAGUCAUCGUGUUUACAAGUGACUUUUGUUUUCUUCAAUCUUCGAAUUACGGUAUAUGAAAGUGGAUUAACUCUUCAAUCAAAACAACCAAUAAUAAUAAAUGGAGAACCAAGUUUCGUUUACCGGAUUUAUUUUGAUAAUUACUAUCCCACAAUGCCAGUCAUCAAAGAGAUCAAAUUUAAUAAUAUUGUCAUGUGUGACAUGAAAUAUGAACUUCCAGAAUCAACUCGAAUUAUAAUGAGUCACUGUUUGUAUCCACCUGGAGUCAACUUUAUUUCCAAUGCAAGCAGUGAAAAUCCUGCUGAAAAACAUCAAAUGCAUCGUCAAUAUUUUAAUGAGGUAAUUGACGUUUCCAAAACAUAUGUUGUAUUAUCGAAAAAUUUAAAAGCACCACUUUUGAAAAAGCAACUAGAAGAUGAUGGACUUCCACCGAUAACAUUUGACUUAUGAAAUAUCAUUAAACUAGA